AUGUAUAGUCAAGGGCGUAAUCAUUCAAAUUCAAGAGCGACAUCAAGAGAAACAUCGAAUGCUUCAUCUAGACGAACAACAUUAUCUGAUUCUUGGGAAGAUAUCAUGAGUAAUACAAUACCAGGAUCUCAACGAACAAUAAAUGGUUCAAAUCAAUUUAAUAUUCAUUCGAGAGAAGAUGGUCGUUCUUCAGUUUUAUCAAGUACAAUUCCAAGUGUUGAUACUGUUAUCAGUAAGAAACGUGAUAUCGACAGAAUCAGUAAUAAUCGAUCUCAUGAAAAUCUUACUCAAAAUCAACGAAAACCAUGGAUUAAUCCAUAUUGGGGUCCAAAUUGGAACCCAAACACAGCUGGAACUCAAUCAAAACCGAAAAACCUCAAUAAAAAUACGAAUAUUAAACGUUCUCCAUCACCUAUGAAUAUCCAUCAAGUUAUUCCAGGUUCGAUAUUAGUUAAUGAUCAAGAUGAAAUGGAUGAUUUAUCAUGGACACCAAACAUGCAUAUUAAAGCAAUAGUAUCAAAUAAUCCAUUAAAUCCUAGUGGUAAAUAUAUAGCAGAUGAUAAUGGUAGUUCUGAUGGUUAUGUUACACCAACACUUAUUAAUCGUCAAAUUCUAACAUCAUCACCAGAAUUAUCUUUACAUUCUGAAAGUGAUCUUGAUUCUAUACAAUCAAGUUCAUCAUCGGAUGUUAAUACUCGAAGUCAAUCUACAUUUAAUCGACAACAAAAUUUUUCGAAGACCACGGACAAUAAGAAUCAAACAUGGGUCAAUCCAUAUUGGGGUAAAAAAUUGAAUCAAACUAAUUCUCAAUCUACACAAGAAAAUAAUAGAAUUAGAAAUCAAAAAUCGGCAUCAUCAAAUAAUUCAAUACAAAAUUCAUGGGUCAAUCCAUAUUGGGACCCAAAAUCAAAUCAAACUAAUUCUCAAUUCACACAACAAAAUAAUCGAAUCGGAAAUCAAAAAUCGGCAUCAUCAAAUAAUUCAACACAAAAUUCAUGGGUCAAUCCAUAUUGGGGUCCAAAAUCAAAUCAAACUAAUUCUCAAUUUACACAACAAAAUAAUAGAAUUGGAAAUCAAAAACCAGUAUCAUCAAAUAAUUCAACACAAAAUUCAUGGGUCAAUCCAUAUUGGGGUACAAAACCUUCUGAAAAAUCAACAUCAUCAAGUGGAAUUAAAAAAUCUCAAACUUCAACAGUACCACAACAAGACAAUUGGCAAUAUCAGAAUUGCUCUUGGAAAGAUAAAAAUGCAUCCGAUUCAGACUUUAAUAUUACUUCAUUAAACGAAUCAUUAUCAUGCGAAUUUAAAUUCACGCCAAUUCCAUCAUUUUACAAACGACUCUAUCCUCCUUAUCCAUCAUCAUCUUCUUCAAUACCAAUCGUUGAUAUGGAACAUUAUGGAAUACUUAAUCAAACUAUUGACGAUAACGAAGAUAUACCAUUCACAAUCGACCGUCAAGGAGUAGCACACUAUCGAGCAGAAUCAUCUUCAUCUAAUAUCAUGAAUACAACAGCUAACAUACCUUCUUCAUUAACAACUUCGCAGUAUCCAAUUUUAUCUCCAAAGACACAUAACAAUAUACUAUCCUCAGAAACAACUAAUCCUGCAUUAGUUUCACAAAUCACGAAUUCCAUGUCUUCUUCAUAUCCAAAUAACAUAACAUCUUCUCCAUUACAGAACUUAAGCAAUGAACCAUCAUCUUUAUUUAAUUAUUAUCCAUCAAUGGCUUCUUCUUCUUCUUCUUCUUCUUCUGCAAUUGUACUUACUGAAGCCGAUUUGAAUAGCAUUCAACAUGCUCUUCAUUUACUUAACACUAGUCCAAAUGUGAUAUCUGUCAUGGAAAAUUCUACACAAGUAGUACCAUCAUCAAAUAUUAGCCAUCCUAAUAAUCCUUCAUCAUCCUUAGCUUCUUUAUUUAAUCCUAAUAAAGCACAACAAUCUCAACCACCACCAUCAACAUCAUUCUCAGCAAAUAAACAAGACAAUCCUCCAUUAUAUGCAUAUAUUUCCAAUUCUGAACAAAUGCCACUGCUCUCCACACCUAGUUAUCCUUCAAAUCAAGAUGAUACUUUAAGUCGUUUGAUGGCAAAAGGAACAAUUCUUCAUAUUUAA